GGCCCGCUACUCGUGUACCAGCGAGUGGAGGGCGCUACACUGUCGCCAGCGCUCCUGGAGCGAGGAGAGCUCGAGCGUCGCGCUCUUCGGCGCGCUUGUUGUAGGAGAGCGCGCGGCGGUUUCAGUUCGCUAUCUCGAGGCCCGGACUUCGCGAGACACGAGCCGCGGUUUCGCCGUGCUCGCCGUGCGCCGAACGACGGAGGCGGGCUUUUGAAACGAGCCACGCUGGAGGGAACGCGACACGGUGUCUUCUCUCUUGUCUUGCGACCAGCGAAGUCGAGGCCUCCAGGUGUCUGUGCUGAAGGUUCGAAGAGGAUCGCCGAGGCACGACUGUGCGCGUCUUUCCUUCGAUUCUGUGGGGGCAGGAAAUAAAAAGAGCUGCUCCAUCCGACUAGUGCCGCAGUGACGGUGUGCUGUCAAUUUCCCCUCCGUCUCCGGUGAACAUUGUGUUGUACUGUUUGAGGAACUUCUGGUCCCCGGAGCGGUGCUCGGCGCCUGGUCCAUCGCCGGGAAGCUCUUCUACUUUUGAAGAGGUUUGCCACAAAAAGAGAGGAGAAUCCAGGGGGACGCAACCGGAGCUUGCUCGUGCAGGAACGCCUUCCAGACUGACCAAGCUUCAGGCGAGGAAAGCGUGUUGCUGCAGGUGGAACCUGAUCUUGUGACGGGUGGCGGGAGGAGGCGGGGAAGAGGCCCCUGCAUGAAGGAGAGUGAGCAAGAACCCGGCGCCAGGCCCAGGCCGAUCUGAUGUCAUGGCGGGCCCUUGCCAGAGGCCCACGGGCGCUAAGGCCGUCGCACGGGGAAUCCUCAUCGCUUGGCUACACGGCUUCGUGACCACGGUGUCCGCCGUGAAGCUGGUCAACGUGGACAUCCCGUCCCCGACCACGCUGGGCGAGACGGUGGGUCUGAGCUGCAUCUACGAGCUGAACGGCGAUCGGCUCUACUCGGUCAAGUGGUACAAGAACGACGUCGAGUUCUACCGCUUCGUGCCUAACGACUGGCCACCGGGACAAUUCCUGCCCCUGCCGGGCGUCGACGUGGACCUGGCACGAUCGGGGCGGACGUCGGUCUAUCUGCGUAACGUGAACCUACACAGUGCCGGUACAUACCGGUGCGAGGUGUCUGCGGAGGCUCCUUCCUUCGACACUGUCGGCGGCCAGAAGGACAUGGCCGUGCUAGUACUUCCGACCGAGGGCCCGCGCAUCACGGGGGGCCAGGCGCAGUACCGCAUCGGCGACACCGUGAGCGUCAACUGCACCUCGGCCAAGUCGAAGCCCGCCGCCACGCUGCGCUGGUACGUGAACGACGUGGCCGUGGCCGGCGCCGACGGAACCACCGAGUACUCGACCACGCUGCACGCCGACGGCCUGGAGACGGCCUCGCUCGGCCUGCGCUUCGUGCUCACCGAGGACCACUUCCGGGGCGGCAACAUGAAGCUCAAGUGCACCGCCACCAUCUCCAGAGUCUACACGAUGAGCAACGAGGAGCUCGUGUUCGGGUCUUCCUCGUCCUCCGGAGGCCGCCACCAGAAGUCCGGACUCCACAUCAGCGAGAACACGAGCCGAGUGCGGGACGCCUCAACCACUCUGUCAGCGCCGGCAGCCGUGCUGCUACUGUUGGUCGCAUUCGCCGUACAACUGCUCCCGGUCCCAGUGGUGCAGGUUGCUACGGUGUCGACAAGGACGCAUUUGUGAUACCGCUUACCUGUGGCUCUCUAGUGUCCUGCGUGGUGCGACCACGAAAAAAAGAAAGAAAAAACAAACUCUCACGCCUCGGACAUGCGACAUGGACUCAACGCAAGGCCUAGACAGACCGCGCUAGUACGCGCGCCAACUGCUUUGCUCGUUGCUCCACGACGAAGCUCCGCAGUGUACUUGAAUUAGAAAGCGAAGGAUUGAAGAGUCACCUCAAAGACAAUCUCCACUUCACCAUCAGAUGCACCGGCUGCUUCGGCGUCCUGCGCCCUGCACCUUCUUACAAGUCCCUCGCGACUUCACCGCACAAGCCGCUUCCCACAAUUUUUUUUCCCGAGGAGGCUCUGUUUCGAGACCGCGAGCUUAGAACUACGGGCUGCCACGUCAGAAGGGUUCCAACUUUCUAAAGGCAUCCGGCAGACAGGGUUCAACUCGGAAAAAGAAAACCACACAAGUGACGCAGUGGUGGUCGUAUGUUGUAAGAAAGAGAAGUAACUCAGCCGCACCGCAGCGACCCUUCUGGAGCUCGGGUACGUACGCGUGGUCUAUACGCGAGGUUGCUGUGCCUAUUCCGGUUGAAGGGAGCCUGUCUUUCAUCGCACUCAUGACUUGGCUUCAGUAGACGACAUGGUGAAACAUGAACUGUUGUCGGUUGGCUGCCUCUAUGCGCAAAGAACACAUUUCACAAGUGAGUUGCGCUUGUGGGCUAAACUCGUGUUAUGGUGGCUAUGUAGAGAAGCGUGUCUGUUGAAGGAGGGAGAAUAGGGGGUGGCUGCUUGGAGAAACGAACGAAUGUGUGGAGAGAAUCUUCAGCGGUUCGGAGCAGUGUUAGCGACAGCAGCGGUGCAGCUGUGUUGGGGAAUGAAAUCACCUUGAACAAGUGCGAUCAUUGCGAGCCUCGAGAUUGCACUGACAAUGUCUCGGUCCCGAGUUGCGGUGGUUUGGAAGUUGCUGUUGAUCAUAAAAGGCGAUACGGAACAGUUGUUGGACACAUUUUUUUUCAGUUUUUGCUUGUGCGUUGUACUUGCGCUCUUCAGCUGGAAAGUUUUUGAAGGUGAAUCAAAAUGAACUAGUUUGACUUUCUGUUCAUUUAAUCAUAAUUUUCCGGGCACCGUCUGAUGCUAACGUUUCAGGCAAUAAAAUGUGGUGGUUCGGUAUUAGUAACAUGUACAGCUUUAAAAUAUUUGGGAAAAAUUGUUAGGCGUAUGUUUAGUAAAUUAGAAAAACAAGGUUACAUUAAUAAAAUAGAGAUAAAAAAUUUCGCGCACUCUCCCUCUCUCAAACACCUUUCAGGAUACAUUCCUUAUGCCUCAAUGAUGCGCAUUUUGUAUGGCACUAGACAUUCAGUAGACAUGCUGUUAACCCUGCGCUUCUGUUGUCCUGUUUGUUUUCUUCACGGGAAUCGCCUACAGUGUCCUUGUUCCAUUCUCGCUUUUCCUCUAUGACCAAUUUUUAGCCACUCCAGGAAAAUUGGCGUACGAGAAGACGCCUUCAAAGUACGAUAAACGUAAAGUAUGCUUCGGAUAGUAUACCCGAUUCAUAACCACCUUGAGAGGAACUUUAGACCCUUUUGUUGACACAUAUCCACAACGUCGUCUAUUUAAAGCACUUAUUUGAAACUUCCCACUUAGUCAUCAUAUUAGAGCGUAGAGCUGUGAUGUUCACGAAAUCAUACCGGCUAACGACGCUUUACCUCCCCGUCGCUUCAAUAACGUAUAAAAGUGGCUCUGAUUUCAAGUUUGCUUCACCUGUGGUUAUUUAACGUUUCCUCAGCUACUCGUUAGUGCUUCUUCUCCUCCAUUUAUUCCUGCUGAAACGAAAAAUUGUCCGACCACCAGACCGCAGCACGAAGUACAAAGGAAGCUCGUAGCUUUGUAGCUUCGACAGGUGGAUGACAGAUUCUCUGUCAUGGACUUACCGCCACCUUGCGGGAUUCGGCUACUGUUAUUCGCCGCUUGUUCGGACUUGCCACGAAUACGAAUCGCCACCAAUAUACAUGUUCUUGUUUCUAGAUCCCUAGUUUCGUGGAGCUUAGUGGACGCUUUAUAAUCUACGGCAAGUAUAUUUCCAGUUCCGGAGCGGUCAUUUACUCGAGCUCAAUGCAGAGUUUUGCAAUAGCUUUGUGACGCUGUGAGAAGGAUCUCAAUAUUAUCUACCACCGCUAAACCAAGGGUGAUACUUUCUAGCGUGUAAUAUGACAAGAUCGUAAACAAUCAAGCACUACAUUUGAAACAAACCACGCGCCUUUAUUUGUGACUGCGGCCGGUAAUUGCUAGAUGCUUUCGUUCCCUGAAGACGCUCUUUAAUAUCACACAGUGGAACCCACCUGACGAUGCAGCCUGUGCAAAUGCGGCAAGCAAAAGCAGUACCGUUAGGUGCGUACUUUAAGCACACCUCUAAUGUUUUACGAAACAAUACCGGAGUUUAAGAUCUAUAUUUUCUUGGUUAAACGGAUCACUUACUUCUUGCGCCACGGGGACAGCUGCUCUUAUAAAUAUUGUAAAUAAAAGAGAAAGCGUACACCUUUAUGCUCACGCACGGUACAUAGGGUAUGUAUGACAGGAAGACACGUGACGCCUUCCGACGCUCACCCAAUGACAUGCGAGCACAUCACGCAUGCGCGGAGUGUGUGAAUAAAGAGAGUUGUUCUUCGCACUAGUGGCCGCCUGACACUUGAUCCCGCAGCAUCUUGCUGGUGUCGACGUAAAGCGCGGCACCAAAUCUUUGGGCAAUAAAAUG